AUGGCUGGCCAAGUGGAUGGAUCUUCAAGCUCCGUGAGGAAUCUCCGGCCACCGGUGGUCACUUUUAGCCCCAGCCAGUGGGGUGACUAUUUCACUCACUUCUCAUUGGACACUCAGGAGCAAGAAAAGUAUGCAGAGGCCAUCGAAACACUGAAGAAUGACGUGAGAGCUAAGAUAAAUGAUGCAAAAUCUAGCAAGUCAUUGAUUACUUUAAUCGCAACAGUUGAGCGCUUGGGAUUGGGAUAUCAUUUGGAGACAGAAAUCACUUCCAAACUCGAAUCAAUAUACGAAAAUUUGCACAAUAAGCACGAAGACCACGACCUGUUUACUACUGCAUUGGGCUUUCGUCUUUUGAGGCAACAUCAGUAUCAAGUUUCUUGUUGUAUUUUCGAUAAAUUUACGGAUGGAGAAAACAAAUUCAAAGUUGAUGUGGCCAAUGAUGCUGAGGGAUUGUUGAGCUUGUACGAAGCGGCCCAUGCUCGUAUUCAUGGAGAGGAAAUCUUAGACGAGGCUGUUCCGUUUACAACACAUCACUUGAAGCGGAUAUUGGCAACCGAGACAAUAGAAUCCUCACUCAAAGAACAAAUUAUGCGUGCUUUAGAGCAUCCUCAUUACAGGGGAGCUCCAAUCAUUGAGAUACGCGUCUUUAUUUCACUCUACGAAAAGCAUGAAUCGAAGGACCCGUUGCUUCUCAAACUCGCCAAACUCAAUUUUAAUUUCUUGCAGAAUAUGUACAAGAAAGAGAUGUCCGAACUCUCCAAGUAA